CCUUAAUUUCCUCACUUUUGCUUCACGCGUAGAGUAGAAGUAUCAUGAGUCAGUCUUCUUCCUUUUCUCUCACGCGGCUUCUCAACACGAUUUUCCCUUCCCAAUUUCACACCUUUCCCCCAAUUUCUUCUCAAUCUCCUCAAUUUUUCGAUCCCAAUUCACUCUUGUAAUCCUAAAUUUCAAUUAUAAAAUCAUCAAAUUUGUAAUUUUUAUGGGUUUUAACCAAACCCUAUCGAAAUUUUAGUUACCCAGAUUUUCGAUUCAUUCUCACAAUUCAAAUUUUCUAUCAAAAAAAACCAUAAUUUCUGCGAUUUUUUCUGGGUUUUCACCAAAUUUCAUCAAAAUCUGAGAUACCCAGAAUGUUAAGAAGUUGUAUGAAGCCAUUGGAGAGGUGUUUAGGAAGGAGAAGCGAUGGAUUAUUGUGGCAUAUGGAUCUGAAACCUCAUGCUUAUGGAGAUUAUUCAAUAGCUGUAGUUCAAGCUAAUUCAUCUCUUGAAGAUCAAAGUCAGGUUUAUAGUUCUCCUUCUGCUACUUAUGUGGGUGUUUAUGAUGGUCAUGGUGGUCCUGAAGCUUCUCGUUUUGUCAAUUCCCAUCUUUUUUCUUUCCUCCAUAAAUUUUCUUCCGAGCAUGGAGGGUUAUCGGUUGAAGUGAUUAAGAAGGCUUUUAGUGCAACGGAGGAUGAAUUCUUGCGUUUAGUAAAGCGCAAUUUAUCAGUGCAGCCAAAUAUUGCUUCUGUGGGAUCAUGUUGCCUACUGGGUGCAGUCGCGAAUAAUGAAUUGUUUGUUGCCAAUCUUGGUGACUCGAGAGCAGUGCUGGGUCGAAAAGUGACUGUUAGGAAAAGGGAAGUGGUUGUGGCUGAGAGGUUAUCAACUGAUCAUAAUGUGUCAGAAGUGGAGGUUAGAAGAGAGGUUGAGGCACUUCAUCCUGAUGACUCUCAUAUCGUUGUAUACAGUCGUGGAGUUUGGAGGAUCAAGGGGAUUAUACAAGUAUCAAGAUCUAUUGGAGAUGUGUACUUGAAAAAACCAGAUUUCAGUAGAGACCCUAUAUAUCAGCAGUUUGUCUACCCCAUAUCCUUGAAACGUCCAGCAAUGACAGCUGAACCAUCGGUAAUUCAAAGAAAGCUUGAGCCAGAAGACUUAUUUCUAAUCUUUGCAUCAGAUGGUCUUUGGGAACAAUUGUCUGAUCAAACUGUGGUGGAAAUGGUUUCCAAGAAUUCUAGAACGGGAAUCGCCAAAAGACUAGUGACAGCUGCCCUACAAGAAGCUGCAAGGAAGAGAGAGCUUAGAUAUAGUGAUAUUAAAAAUAUCGAGAAAGGCAUAAGGCGUCAUUUCCAUGAUGAUAUCUCCGUAGUAGUAAUGUAUCUCGAUCAUAACAAGCAUAAUGGCGACGUUGUUAGAUUCAAGCAGUCUGCUGUUAGCUGCACCAAUGCCCCUGCUGACAUAUAUUCCUUCAAUGCAGAGUCAACAUAAAAGGGUGAGCGCGUAUGACAUUUUGAGAGUAGUAGUCAUAAAGGCCAAUUUUCUACGAAAGAUUGGCUGGCUGGCUAGCUGGGUCUGGUAGAAAGUUGAUGAUAUAUUAAGAUACCUAGCAAGGAUGUUUUGGUAAGUGGAAGGAAAUAUCAAACAGACACAAUAAUGUUGUAGAUAUUUAGGUUACAGAGAUCUCAUCAGUAAUAUUGUUUUUUUUUUUUUUUUUUUUUUUUUUUUUGUUGGGCUUAAUUAUGAUGAACUCCCUCUAUACGAAAGUAUACAUCUCUAGUUGAUUUACUCUUAACAUAUAACUCUAACGGAAAACUACUGUCUUUUCUC